AUGUCCGAAAACACUGGCGAUGGGUCGGGAUCUUACUUCCCCAGGAUCGACCAGUUCUACAUUCCCGACUGGCUCACCAUGCAGUUGGUGCUUAACAACUUGAUCUGUUUCACGCCACUUUUUUCCUAUGGCACAACCGUCUUCAGCAUACGCAAAUCCAAGACUGCGCUUGGGUUUUCCAUCGACAUAUGUGCUACGAUGCUUCUGGCAAGCAUACUGAGAGUAUCAUAUUAUAUCAUCACACCUUAUGAAAUUACGUUACUUCGGCAAUCCCUAGUCAUGAUUUUCAUCCAACUCAUUCUCCUGCGAACAAGCUUGCAUUACAGACCCGAAGAGUACAAGUACGAAAAUUUAAGCCACGUCGAGCCUCUGACACAGUUACUUCACGACGUAUGGCUCGAAUACUUCCCCUUGAAUCCAUUCGGGGCAGAUUGGAAACAACUAAUAAAAUCUUUGUCGUACAAAAAUCUCUUGGGUUUUGCAUACAAGAUUCUACUGGUUCUCAUCUACAAGUUUUUGAAGUUCUUCGACCCAAGUUAUAAAAGAUUCAAGUCAUUUUGGCAAUGGAACGAGGACCGCAAGUUCUGGAUGUUCCUCGCAUAUUUCUUCCUCAUGCAAUUUUGUAUCACCAUAUUUGUUGCCAAAAUAAUGAACUGGAACGCUUUGGCGGAAUGGAUUGGAUCUUUCAUGGGUUCACUUGGUUUGUUGAUAGAAUCUUUAUUGCCCCUUCCUCAAAUAUCUAUUUUGAACAAGUUGAAGUCAACUCAGGGAUUCAAAUUGAUUCUCCUUGUUAGUUGGCUAUGUGGUGACGUUCUAAAAAUCAGUUAUUUGAUCUUCGGUGCCAAGAACAUUUCAGUGUUGUUUCUGUUUUUCGCCCUGUUCCAAAUGUCUUUGGAUAUCUACAUCGCAGGACAGUACAUUUACUACCGAUUUUACUUUUUACGCAUAAGAGACGAACAGGUCGGGGAAGGAGAAGAAGUUGAAAUGACAGAGGUUAAAUUUCCCACCUCUGAAAAAUCACAAAUGGAGUCAUCGGGUGUCGCAGCAUAG